CAUUUCCUCCGCCUUCUCCCUCCGCCCCCUCGGCCGGCCGCGCUCGCGCACGCACGGCACACGCCGCCCGCAGACAUGCCGAAGAGAAAGGCUGAAGGAGAUACCAAGGGCGAUAAGGCCAAAGUUAAGGAUGAGCCACAACGGAGAUCAGCAAGGUUAUCUGCUAAACCUGCCCCUCCGAAGCCAGAGCCUAAACCUAAAAAGGCAGCUCCAAAGCAGAAGAGCGAGAAGUUGCCUAAGGGAAAAAAGGGGAAAGCUGAUGCUGGCAAGGAAGGAAACAACCCUGCAGAAAACGGAGAUGCCAAAACAGACCAGGCACAGAAAGCUGAAGGUGCUGGUGAUGCCAAGUAAAAUGUGUGAAUUUUUGAUAACUGUGUACUUCUGGUGACUGUACAGUUUGAAAUACUAUUUUUUAUCAAGUUUUAUAACAAUGCAGAAUUUUGUUUUACUUUUUUUUAAGCUAUGUUGUUAGCACACAGACCGCUUCGUUGUUGUGUUUGGGGAGGGAGGGAGGGACAGUGGGGACAAAUGUCACUUAGUCUAUUUCUCAGAACCUGAAUUUUAAAAAGAAAAGUUUUCCCCCUCCCAGUUUUUUGGAAGAAGGGCUCUUCCUGCCUGGAGGGGAAAGGUUUCCUUCAUGCUGCACGUCUGUCAAGUUUUGUGAAGUGCAUCAGAGUGAACGUUGAAGCUCCCAAGAUGCCUGUUGCCGGCCUCCGAACCGCAGUUUGCAAUGUCCUCUUUAUUUUCUUCCAUGUCCUCAUCGUUUGCCUAGAGCUUAUCACUCCCAAAUAUGGCAAAAAUGGCAUUUUGGGACUUAACCACUCUAAAUGCAUUGUCAGCUGAUCCAGACUUCUUGUGUUCGAUUUAGGAUAUAAUGGCUCUAAAAAGAGCUGUAUUUUCUCUUUUAUAUUGUGGAUCUUCAGAUUAAGAAACCUGCAGUUUUAAUUUUUCCUCUAAAAGUCAGGGUAGGUUUGUGAAAAGUUGUUAAACAACAUACUAAAUGUGAAAGUGUCCACCCUCACUCUAAACUGUUCCUCUACAAGUAUGAAAUGAAGAUUCUUCAGUUUUAUAGCAACUCUUUUAUGUUUUGGUAGCCCACAAAGGGAGGGGAGUUUUGACAGUUGUUGUAAAAUGUUGCAGAUUGUAGCCCAUGUCCUGCCUAAAUUACCAUGACUGUUUAUGAAAAGUACCUUUAAUAAAGCUGGAUACGGUUUGGCUUGGACUGUU